UAGGUAUUCUCUAAUUGAUCGAAGGUGUCCUAUCAACACACCAUCGUUUUGUUUAUUUCGAUCGUGUUUCUGUUCUCUUUCUCUCUCUCAAAACUGAACCUAGGUUUGGAACGAACUAACGAAGGAAGAGGGAAGUAACAGAGGAGAGGAAGACGUCGACUAACAUGUACACCGGCUGCGGCGGCGAGACCCAAAUCCUUCAGGCGAGACUCGAAUGAACCCAAACCUGAAUACAAAACUAUGAGAUUGAAAAAACAGAAACGCCAUCGUAAGGUUGUUAGGUUCUACACAGCUUGCUUUGGCUUCCGAGAGCCAUUCAAGGUUCUUUGUGAUGGAACUUUUGUACAUCACCUUCAUGUCAAUUCUAUUACACCAGCCAAUACUGCACUCUCAAGUAUCCUUAGUGCCACUGUAAAAAUAUUUACUACCAGAUGUGUUCUUGCGGAAUUAAAAAGCCUUGGUGAGUCCUAUUCUGAAUCUCUUAAGGCAGCUUGUAACCUCUUUACUGCAAGAUGUGACCAUGAGAAGAGGAAGAGUGCUGUGGCUUGCAUCAUGGAAAUUAUUGGAGAAGACAAUCCCGAGCACUUCUUUGUUGCUACUCAGGAUGCUGAUUUGCGGAAGAACCUCCAGGAGGUGCCUGGUGUGCCUGUGAUAUUUGGUCUGCGAAAUGCCUUACUGCUUGAGCCUCCAUCUGCAUUUCAACACCAGUUUGCCAAAUCUACUGAAGAAGAACGUUCACAUAUGACUGAGUUUGAAUAUAAAAUGUUAAGAAUGAAGAAAAAGAACAUGUUGGCCGUGGAGGAAGCUUCUGAUGUGAACGGAAGUGAAGGUGAUUUAGGGACCUUGGCAGUGAUGAAGACAAACAGUGGAAAAAAUGGAACAGAAGUGAAGGAUAAAGUUCAGUUCAAAAGAAAGAAAGCCAAGGGUCCAAACCCACUCUCAUGUAAGAAGAAAAAGAAUUGUGGGCAUGCCAAAGAAUAUCUUGUUUCAGAAAAGUCUAGAUGCAGGACAGCAAUGAUGGCAGUGAAACCACAAGAACCAGGAGCAGGAAACGGAAAAGAUCACGUAAGCAAGGCAAAAAGCUUGAAGUGACAAAUGAUUUAACAGUUCUCGGCAUGUGGAAAGAGCAUUAAAUGGUGGUUUUCUUAUUAGCUGAUAGCUAAGUGAGUGCAUUAAGUUUACAGACAAAUUGCAGGAUAAGCUGACUCAAUGGCAAGUUGGCUUUUUUUAGGUAGGGAACAUUCUUACUUUUCCUAAAAGCUGACUAGAUUUUAUUUAUUUAUUAUUUUCUCUGGUAAGUUUAUAGUUUCGACGAUUAUAUAACUUCCUGGAAAUGUUUAAAGAUUAAAUUGAUGUCUCUUUGUUUAUUGUGUCUGUGGUUAGUGUAUUUCCCUUUCUGUUGAGUUGGUUUGGACACAAGAAAAAAUAAAUAUUAACGAAGAAGAGCUAGGGGAGGGAAAUUACCUUUCUGUUCUGAAUAUAUAUUUCUGAGUUGCUGUUUCACCAAGCUUGUGAUGAAAUAUAAGCAAAUUCCAAGUAUUUUUUUA